UGGCAACGCGGAUGCCGACUGCCCUGCGCAACACUAACAUUGAAUAAAGUCCUGCGCCGCGCGCGCGGCCGAUUGGAGACGCUGCGAACCGCCGGGGGCCCCAACGGUCCCAACGGAGUUGAUGGCUCCAACGGUCCCAAAGGUUCCAACCGACGUAAUGGUUUUAACGGAUAUGAUGGAUCCAACGACCCACAUGGACAAAACGACCCAAAGGGUCCCGCUGGUCCAAGUGGCCCCAACGGCCCCAAUGGCCCCAAUGGCCCC